CCCCGGAUUGCUAGCGUUCAUUUUAGCCCGACGGCCAGUCCUUGGAGGCUCAACGUCAUGAGACUCUUCGGUCCAGUCUUCAAAGCAGCCCAAUAUCAACAUUUUACGUAUUGGCUUGGUCUUUUAUUGCUCCUGACAACCACACACACGGGGGUAUAGCAAUGUUAUCAAGAUAAAAUCAACAGCCCUGAGGCUUUUCAUCGCCAUGCCUCAGCCGCAGGACAAUGCGCGCCUCGUCUUCCUUAUUAUCCUGCUCUUCUGGGUUGCCACAAAUCCAGAUACCGGUCCCGGCUUCGUCGCGGCUCCCUCGCUGACUAAGGCUCGGCUUGUGAGACAGCGACAUGCCCAUGGUAUUCUGAACAGUACGCAUUGGGGUGACUUCUCUCCACAGGUUGCCAAUGAGACAACCGGGGUGGCAGCAGGGUAUCUGAACCUGACGGGCUUUAGGCAAGAGGACGGCUUCGUCUGGCAGGAGGACUUUGGGCGCCUCAGGAACCGCUGCGAGGAAUGGAGUCAGCAUGCUGUUGGUCUGCCUACAGCUCCCGCGCCCGUGUGGCAGAAUGUGACGGGGAUUGUGCGUGGUCCUUGGGUUAGGAAGGAUGCUUCGGUGCCUAGGUAUCACUCGAAUUACAACCUGACCGAGAUGACCCCUGGCAUUGACUGGGUGACAUGGGGAGGUGACUGGGGGAGGAAUGUCACGGGACCGGAGGGCAAGAUGAUGUUGAGGAUCGAGGACGACGGAGAUGACGACAUGGAGACGGAAGCGCUGGGAUCUACAGGAUUGCCACCGACCCACAUCAGGGCGAGAGAGGUGUCGGCUACGGUCACCAUCGACGAUGACGCAGGCAGUGGUAACAGCUUUGAAAUGCGGCUUCAUGGCGUCCACUGGCCUCGUCAAGGUGCAUUGCUGCUGACGACGACGAGUGAGAAGUUCGCCGGCAUCUUCGGAUUGCCUCACCUCACUACGCGUCAGGAGUUCUUCGAGUCUAGCCAGGCUCUCUUGAACAGAACUUUGGACAAGGUUCUCUCUAGAAAAGAGAAGCGCUCAUUUAGUGAUCCGGUGAACCCGUGGGCCUCUAGUCUGGACGCCCCGGGGGAAACUUGGAAUCCGUCACCGCAUUGCGAAUACAUCGCUUACGUACAGGUAUAUCCGCCUGAGAAUGACGUACUCAGAGUCCAGCCCGCUCUUGCUGGUCCCGAAGGUGUCGCGAAAGCCAUCGAGGAGAUUGAAAAUGAGCUGCGUUUUCCCCAAGGAGCUCCUCAGCAGGGUAGGCCAAAGCUUCGGAUGUCUGCUAUGGUGUUCUCACCGGACUGUGCCUUCUUACUGGAAACAAAAGGGCCACCGGAUUAUCCGCAGGCAGAUGGAGACCAUCUCGCCGGAUGGAAGCAGGAGUUUUGGCUCCACAGCGUGAGCACCUGGCUAUUAGGUUUUGCCCUGAUCAUCUUCAUCCAGGUCCAGCUGCUCAAGUUGCAGAUGCGGGAAACCUCGACACCGUCUACAUUGGGACGCAUCAGCUUCCACACUGGCAGUAUUAUGCUUCUUGCAGACGGCGUUAUCCUUGCUGGGUCAGCUGCGUGGAGUCUCUCGGCAACAACGACCAUGCUGCCAUCAUUGGUUGUCACUUGUGCCGCCUUCUUGUCCAUGACCGUCGGAGUCACUUUCUUGGCCGAGAUAUACAAGGUGCAGGAACCAGAAUGGCGAAGACGGGACAGAGAGCGUGAGCGGGAAAGGCAAGCCGCAUCUACCACCAAUAACACUCCAAGGCCAGCGUCAACUCCUACACCUCCUACGGCCGCACCAGGUGCAGCUUCGACUCCAGGGCCGAACACAAUCCUGUCGACGGCCGCCCGCCGCGCAAUCCCUCGUCCCCCUUCACCACCCAUCAUCAUCCCCUCGGAUCAAGACAUUGAUGCCGAGAUUGAAGAGGUCACCAACAACCCGACGGCCAUCCUUCCGGCUCCUGCAACUGCCGGCAACAACACCACACCAGCGGCAGCGAACUCCAGCAUCACACUGAGUAACAUAUUCGGCCGCUUCAUCAUGGCAGGCAUCACCCUGUUGUUCCUGACCCUCGCCGCCGUAACCUGGCGCCCGCACUUCCGCUCCAUCUACUUCAACCUCCUUGUCUUCAGCUAUCUAUCCCUCUGGGCGCCGCAGAUCUACCGCAACAUCUACCGCAACUGCCGGCACGCCCUCUCGUGGCGCUUCGUCAUCGGCCAGAGCUGUUUACGCCUCCUUCCCAUCUCGUACUUCUACCUAGUUAAGGACAACUUUGCCUUUGCGCAGCCCGACUGGACCGCAUUCGCCGUCCUCGCCGGCUGGGUCUGGAUCCAGAUCUGGGCGCUCGUCUUCCAGAGCGUGCUGGGGCCCCGCUUUGGAGUGCCGAAGGGUUGGAUGCCCGAGGCGUGGGAGUAUCAUCCUAUUUUGCGCGAGGAUAAUGUUGAGUCGGGAGGAUUGCCCAUCGGGCUUGUGCUCGCGGCUUCGGGGUCGGAGAGUCCUACUUUCGAGAGGCGGGAUAGCAAUGCUGGCAGUGGUGGGGGAGGGGACAAGAAAAACACGCGCGUACAUGUCAUCGACUGCGCCAUUUGUCGCGAGACCCUUGAGGUACCCAUUAUAAAGGCGGGGACCGGGGAUCCGACAGCAGGAGGCGUGGCGGGCGUGUUUGAAAGGAGGAAGUAUAUGGUUACGCCGUGCAGGCAUGUGUUUCAUAGUGUUUGUUUGGAAGGGUGGAUGAGGUUCAGGUUGCAGUGUCCGAUUUGUCGGGAGGAGUUGCCCCCUCUGUAGGGGACAGGUGUUCUUAGCAGAGGCGGUUGCUGUUUGUAUAUGAGUAGGAAUAGGGGCUAUCAGAAUUGAUGUAUGGUCAACUGGUAUUUCUGGUCUGG